AUGCGUGUUGGUGGUCGUCUUGAUAAUUCUAAAUUUUCGUAUAAUAAAAAGCAUCCUAUAUUAUUACAGUCCAAUCAUAUAUUUACAAAAUUAUUAUUUGACCAUGAACACAAAAGGCUGAUGCACGCAGGCCCACAGCUACUGUUGGCAAACAUUAGAGAUACUUUUUGGCCGAUAGGUGGUCGAAACUUAGCGAAGGCCUGUUAUCAUAAAUGCAUACGAUGUCAUCGCAUGAAGGGUAAGGUUUCGAAUCCACUAAUGGGCAACUUGCCACAGCAGCGUCUCCUUUCGGGUGGCUUUCCUUUUGAGACGGUAGGAGUCGAUUAUGCGGGCCCUGUUAUGAGCGCCACUCGUCAAGGUCGUGGGUGUCGACUGGUAAAGGUUUAUAUAUGUAUUUUCGUCUGUUUCACUACCAAGGCAAUUCAUUUAGAGUUGGUAGGUGACUUAACCAGCAAUAACUAUUUGUUGGCAUUGCGCAGGUUUAUAGCUCGAAGAGGUAAGCCAGUUAAUAUUUAUUCCGAUAACGGUGCUUCUUUUGUUGGUGCAUACAAUGACUUAUCCAAAUUUUUAAAGGGCAAUUGCGAUUCUUUGAGCGAAAGCAUGGCCAAUGAUAAUAUUAACUUUCAUUUUAUUCCGGCAUAUACUCCUCACUUCGGUGGUCUCUGGGAGGCGGGAGUCAAAUCGACAAAAUAUCAUUUGCUUAGAGUGUUGGGCAAUUGUCACUUAACGUAUGAAGAACUUUACACCACGUUGACCCAGAUCGAAGCAAUCCUGAACUCCCGGCCACUCACUCCACUAUCUUCAGAUCCUGCAGAUUGUACGCCCCUCACUCCGGGACAUUUUUUUAUUGGGCGUACGCUGACUUCUUUGCCGCAACUGGACUACCAGCAUCAAUCCACUCCGUUAUUAAACAGAUUCCAACGCAUUGAGCAACUGCGUCAGCAUUUUUGGGAACGAUGGAGCAAGGAGUACGUCUCAGAACUUCAACAAAGAGUGAAAUGGCGUUCUUGCAAAGAUAGCUUAAAGAUAAACGAUUUGGUGGUAGUCAAGGAGGACAACCUUCCACCGCUGAAAUGGAAGCUGGGAAGAGUCGUUGCAAUUCACCCAGGAGCCGAUGGCAUUGUUCGAGUUGCAGACAUCAGAACUUCUACUGGGAUUAUCAAGAGGGCAUUUAACCGGAUUUGCCCAUUGCCGGUGUCAUUUAAUUCUGGUUGA